AUGGUCAACAUUGCACGAGUCCUCUACGGUGCUCUUGCAUCCGUGUCUGGAGUGGUGGGAAUAGCCACUCAGCGAUACAUUGAGGCUUUGAAUGAUGGCCCCCCUGGGAUCAGCCUCAGAAUGGCCAAGGGGACCCAUCAGUGGUCGUCAUCAAAGCAAGUUACAAAACCAAGCCAACAUAUCCAGAAACUGCGCCCCAUUCACUCGGCUCGCGUGAUCAAUCCUCGGUCCGCCGCGGCAGUCCUCGGUGCCCAUCAGCGUCUUGUUGGAGGGUUCGGGUACGAGAACAUCACGAGUAGUUCUGCAUACGGUACCCAGUAUGCAGUCGACGUCCUCUUUGAUGAACGUCGCGUGUCGCUCAUCAUUGAUACCGGAAGUUCUGACACGUGGGCUGUUCAAAAGAAUUUCAGCUGCAUCGGCUACUCAGGCGAGUCGCUGCCCCAGGAAAUCUGCGGUUUUGGCGAGACCUUCCCGGGGACUUUCCAGUAUGGCCUCACCGACCCGGAAACGCACAUGUUUAUUGCGUACGGCGACGGAGAGAUUGUCACGGGUCCCAUGGGCUUCUUGGAUAUCACGGUCGGCAAUAUCACGGUCAAGCAGCAGCAGGUCGGUCUGGCCAACACCACGUACUGGUACGGCAACAACCAAACCAGCGGCUUGAUGGGGCUUGCUUUUCCCUCUCUCACCAAUGCUUACCUUGGCAAGGCCGGCGACCAUGACAUUUUGAACCAGGUUCAGUACUCACCUCUGUUCACAAGUAUGGUAAACCAGGGCCUGGUUGAUCCCGUGUUCAGCAUCGCCAUUGAUCGCAAUGCGUCCAGUGGCAUGAUCGCUUUUGGUGGUAUCGCUCCUGCCAGCGGUCUCGACCUGAGUCGGACGGCAGUGCUCGACAUGAUCAUCACCAGCGUCGCUUCCAUUCCUGCAACCUCUUCCCAGUACUCGUUCUACACGGUUAUUCCAGACGGUUGGUACUACGACCAAACCACCAACACCAAGAAGGUUCCAUACAUCGUCGACAGUGGUACGACACUUAACUAUCUUCCUCCAGGUCUCGCGGACGCGAUCAAUGCGGCGUUUGACCCGCCCGCCGUCUAUUUAUGGAUGUACGGCGCUUAUUUCACUUCGUGCGACGCCAUCAUUCCCCAAGUCGCCGUGCUGCUCAAUGGCGUAAAGUUCAACAUCAGCCCUUUGGACCUCCUUUAUCGUACCUUGGUUGAUCCGGUGACGGGGCUUUGCAUGACGGCCAUUGCGGAUGGAGGCUCGGGCCCAUAUAUUCUUGGGGACGCAUUCAUGCAAAACGCGCUGGUCAUCUUCGACGUUGGUCAAGCCCAGAUGCGUUUCAUCCCCCGCCAACAUUAUUGA